GAAGGUUUUUGUCAGCAGGUUCUGACAACUCCUGUCCGAGAGCCACAUGUCGAUGGACCGGGACAAUAGCAGAUAUUACCUUACCUUGGUUUGAAUGAGAUGGAUAUCCUGUUUAUUCUAUUUUUUGCGGGUUUCCUAAGACAAACGACUGCACAGUUACAAAGUAGCUAUUCAAUCUAUCCGGACUCUUCAAGCCUCUACAUCCAAUCUAGCGAGCACCUAUACAGCACAAGUCAGAGUAAAUAUUCUACAGACAGCUAUGGAUACAAUUUUGGCUCCUCUAGCAGCACUUGUACCUAUUACACAGACAUUUAUGGUUCAUACUAUCCCGGAGGAUCCUACUCAGUAGGACCAUGUACCGAUACCACAUGGUAUCCUAGCAGUUCCUAUCCUAACACCGAUAGCAAUGGUUACACCUACAGCACAAGUCAGAGUGGAUAUUCAACAGACAGCUAUGGAUACAAUUUUGGCUCGUUUAGCAGCAGUUGUACCUAUUACACAGACAUUUAUGGUUCAUACUAUCCCGGAGGAUCCUACUCAGUAGGACCAUGUACCGAUACCACAUGGUAUCCUAGCAGUUCCUAUCCUAACACCGAUAGCAAUGGUUACACCUACAGCACAAGUCAGAGUGGAUAUCCAACAGACAGCUAUGGAUACAAUUUUGGCUCCUCUAGCAGCAGUUGUACCUAUUACACAGACAUUUAUGGUUCAUACUAUCCCGGAGGAUCCUACUCAGUAGGACCAUGUACCGAUACCACAUGGUAUCCUAGCAGUUCCUAUCCUAACACCGAUAGCAAUGGUUACACCUACAGCACAAGUCAGAGUGGAUAUUCAACAGACAGCUAUGGAUACAAUUUUGGCCCCUCUAGCAGCAGUUGUACCUAUUACACAGACAUUUAUGGUUCAUACUAUCCCGGAGGAUCCUACUCAGUAGGACCAUGUACCGAUACCACAUGGUAUCCUAGCAGUUCCUAUCCUAACACCGAUAGCAAUGGUUACACCUACAGCACAAGUCAGAGUGGAUAUCCAACAGACAGCUAUGGAUACAAUUUUGGCUCCUCUAGCAGCAGUUGUACCUAUUACACAGACAUUUAUGGUUCAUACUAUCCCGGAGGAUCCUUCUCAGUAGGACCAUGUACCGAUACCACAUGGUAUCCUAGCAGUUCCUAUCCUAACACCGAUAGCAAUGGUUACACUUACAGCACAAGUCAGAGUGGAUAUUCAACAGACAGCUAUGGAUACAAUUUUGGCCCCUCUAGCAGCAGUUGUACCUAUUACACAGACAUUUAUGGUUCAUACUAUCCCGGAGGAUCCUACUCAGUAGGACCAUGUACCGAUACCACAUGGUAUCCUAGCAGUUCCUAUCCUAACACCGAUAGCAAUGGUUACACCUACAGCACAAGUCAGAGUGGAUAUUCAACAGACAGCUAUGGAUACAAUUUUGGCUCCUCUAGCAGCAGUUGUACCUAUUACACAGACAUUUAUGGUUCAUACUAUCCCGGAGGAUCCUACUCAGUAGGACCAUGUACCGAUACCACAUGGUAUCCUAGCAGUUCUUAUCCUAACACCGAUAGCAAUGGUUACACCUACAGCACAAGUCAGAGUGGAUAUCCAACAGACAGCUAUGGAUACAAUUUUGGCUCCUCUAGCAGCAGUUGUACCUAUUACACAGACAUUUAUGGUUCAUACUAUCCCGGAGGAUCCUACUCAGUAGGACCAUGUACCGAUACCACAUGGUAUCCUAGCAGUUCCUAUCCUAACACCGAUAGCAAUGGUUACACCUACAGCACAAGUCAGAGUGGAUAUUCAACAGACAGCUAUGGAUACAAUUUUGGCUCCUCUAGCAGCAGUUGUACCUAUUACACAGACAUUUAUGGUUCAUUCUAUCCCGGAGGAUCCUACUCAGUAGGACCAUGUACCGAUACCACAUGGUAUCCUAGCAGUUCCUAUCCUAACACCGAUAGCAAUGGUUACACCUACAGCACAAGUCAGAGUGGAUAUUCAACAGACAGCUAUGGAUACAAUUUUGGCUCCUCUAGCAGCAGUUGUACCUAUUACACAGACAUUUAUGGUUCAUUCUAUCCCGGAGGAUCCUACUCAGUAGGACCAUGUACCGAUACCACAUGGUAUCCUAGCAGUUCCUAUCCUAACACCGAUAGCAAUGGUUACACCUACAGCACAAGUCAGAGUGGAUAUUCAACAGACAGCUAUGGAUACAAUUUUGGCUCCUCUAGCAGCAGUUGUACCUAUUACACAGACAUUUAUGGUUCAUACUAUCCCGGAGGAUCCUACUCAGUAGGACCAUGUACCGAUACCACAUGGUAUCCUAGCAGUUCCUAUCCUAACACCGAUAGCAAUGGUUACACCUACAGCACAAGUCAGAGUGGAUAUUCAACAGACAGCUAUGGAUACAAUUUUGGCUCCUCUAGCAGCAGUUGUACCUAUUACACAGACAUUUAUGGUUCAUUCUAUCCCGGAGGAUCCUACUCAGUAGGACCAUGUACCGAUACCACAUGGUAUCCUAGCAGUUCCUAUCCUAACACCGAUAGCAAUGGUUACACCUACAGCACAAGUCAGAGUGGAUAUUCAACAGACAGCUAUGGAUACAAUUUUGGCUCGUUUAGCAGCAGUUGUACCUAUUACACAGACAUUUAUGGUUCAUACUAUCCCGGAGGAUCCUACUCAGUAGGACCAUGUACCGAUACCACAUGGUAUCCUAGCAGUUCCUAUCCUAACACCGAUAGCAAUGGUUACACCUACAGCACAAGUCAGAGUGGAUAUCCAACAGACAGCUAUGGAUACAAUUUUGGCUCCUCUAGCAGCAGUUGUACCUAUUACACAGACAUUUAUGGUUCAUACUAUCCCGGAGGAUCCUUCUCAGUAGGACCAUGUACCGAUACCACAUGGUAUCCUAGCAGUUCCUAUCCUAACACCGAUAGCAAUGGUUACACCUACAGCACAAGUCAGAGUGGAUAUUCAACAGACAGCUAUGGAUACAAUUUUGGCCCCUCUAGCAGCAGUUGUACCUAUUACACAGACAUUUAUGGUUCAUUCUAUCCCGGAGGAUCCUACUCAGUAGGACCAUGUACCGAUACCACAUGGUAUCCUAGCAGUUCCUAUCCUAACACCGAUAGCAAUGGUUACACCUACAGCACAAGUCAGAGUGGAUAUUCAACAGACAGCUAUGGAUACAAUUUUGGCUCCUCUAGCAGCAGUUGUACCUAUUACACAGACAUUUAUGGUUCAUUCUAUCCCGGAGGAUCCUACUCAGUAGGACCAUGUACCGAUACCACAUGGUAUCCUAGCAGUUCCUAUCCUAACACCGAUAGCAAUGGUUACACCUACAGCACAAGUCAGAGUGGAUAUUCAACAGACAGCUAUGGAUACAAUUUUGGCUCCUCUAGCAGCAGUUGUACCUAUUACACAGACAUUUAUGGUUCAUACUAUCCCGGAGGAUCCUACUCAGUAGGACCAUGUACCGAUACCACAUGGUAUCCUAGCAGUUCCUAUCCUAACACCGAUAGCAAUGGUUACAUUUACAGCACAAGUCAGAGUGGAUAUUCAACAGACAGCUAUGGAUACAAUUUUGGCUCGUUUAGCAGCAGUUGUACCUAUUACACAGACAUUUAUGGUUCAUACUAUCCCGGAGGAUCCUACUCAGUAGGACCAUGUACCGAUACCACAUGGUAUCCUAGCAGUUCCUAUCCUAACACCGAUAGCAAUGGUUACACCUACAGCACAAGUCAGAGUGGAUAUUCAACAGACAGCUAUGGAUACAAUUUUGGCUCCUCUAGCAGCAGUUGUACCUAUUACACAGACAUUUAUGGUUCAUUCUAUCCCGGAGGAUCCUACUCAGUAGGACCAUGUACCGAUACCACAUGGUAUCCUAGCAGUUCCUAUCCUAACACCGAUAGCAAUGGUUACACCUACAGCACAAGUCAGAGUGGAUAUUCAACAGACAGCUAUGGAUACAAUUUUGGCUCCUCUAGCAGCAGUUGUACCUAUUACACAGACAUUUAUGGUUCAUACUAUCCCGGAGGAUCCUACUCAGUAGGACCAUGUACCGAUACCACAUGGUAUCCUAGCAGUUCCUAUCCUAACACCGAUAGCAAUGGUUACACUUACAGCACAAGUCAGAGUGGAUAUUCAACAGACAGCUAUGGAUACAAUUUUGGCUCGUUUAGCAGCAGUUGUACCUAUUACACAGACAUUUAUGGUUCAUACUAUCCCGGAGGAUCCUACUCAGUAGGACCAUGUACCGAUACCACAUGGUAUCCUAGCAGUUCCUAUCCUAACACCGAUAGCAAUGGUUACACCUACAGCACAAGCCAGAGUGGAUAUCCAACAGACAGCUAUGGAUACAAUUUUGGCUCCUCUAGCAGCAGUUGUACCUAUUACACAGACAUUUAUGGUUCAUACUAUCCCGGAGGAUCCUUCUCAGUAGGACCAUGUACCGAUACCACAUGGUAUCCUAGCAGUUCCUAUCCUAACACCGAUAGCAAUGGUUACACCUACAGCACAAGUCAGAGUGGAUAUUCAACAGACAGCUAUGGAUACAAUUUUGGCUCCUCUAGCAGCAGUUGUACCUAUUACACAGACAUUUAUGGUUCAUACUUAUCCCGGAGGAUCCUACUCAGUAGGACCAUGUACCGAUACCACAUGGUAUCCUAG